AUGCACCCCCCGGCCGCCCCCCGGCCCGCCGUGCUGCCGCGCCUGCUGCUCUCCAACGGGGCGCGGGCGCUGCUGUGGCUCGGCCCCGUGUACCUGGCGGGGUACCUGGGGCUGAGCGGCAGCUGGGUGCUGCUGGCGCUGGCGCUGUGGCUCUGCUGGGGAUACAACCGCCGGGGGAAGCGCGACCGCCUGGCCGCCGCCUUCGCGCUGCUGGAGGACGAGCGGGAGGCGGUGUGCCGGGGCCUGGCCGCCCGGCACCUGCCGGCAUGGGUUCACUUCCCUGAUGUCGAACGAGUGGAGUGGCUGAACAAGGUCCUUGUCCAGGCUUGGCCAUACUUUGGAACAAUCAUGGAAAAAACAUUUAAAGAAGUUCUUGAACCGAAAAUCAGAGCAAAGAAUGUACAUCUGAAAACAUGCACGUUUACCAAGAUCCACUUUGGUGAGAAGUGCCCUAGAAUCAAUGGAAUAAAAGCCUACACCAAAGAAAUUGGUAGAAGACAAGUUACCCUGGACCUGCAGAUAUGUUACAUAGGAGACUGCGAGAUUCACAUGGACAUAUCGAAAUUUAAUCUUGGCGUGAAAGGUGUCCAGUUGUAUGGGACCUUGCGGGUGAUCCUGGAACCUCUUCUAACUGAUGCACCUUUUGUGGGAGCAGUGACCUUGUUUUUUAUGCAGAAACCGCAUUUGGAAAUUAACUGGGCAGGCAUGAGCAACCUCCUGGAUGUCCCAGGGAUUAAUGUAAUGUCAGACUCCUUAAUUCAAGACUUCAUUGCUGCACGGCUGGUUCUGCCGAACAGGAUCACAGUGCCUCUGAGAAAGAACAUGAACAUUGCCCACUUGAGGUUCCCUAUCCCCCAGGGGGUAAUAAGGGUUCAUCUGCUAGAAGCUGAAAACCUUGUCCAGAAAGACAGUUUCCUUGGUGCAAUCAGGGGGAAGUCUGAUCCGUACGCUCUCCUUCGCGUCGGCACGGUGCAGCAUCGAAGCAAGACAGUUUCCAGAGAUCUUAAUCCCAUUUGGAACGAGACAUUUGAGUUUGUUGUUCAUGAAGUGCCUGGUCAGGACUUAGAAGUGGACUUGUAUGAUGAAGAUCCAGAUAAAGAUGACUUCAUGGGCAGGACCUGCAAUUUCAGCAAAGAUCCCACGUGGGGCCAGGCUUUCACCUUCUUUGUCCACAGUGCUCAUUCCCAGUCACUCCAUGUUGAGAUAAAAGACAAGGAGCGGGAUAGUGCCCUGGGAACUUCAGUGGUAUGUCUGUCCCACUUACUUAAGGACCCGAACAUGACUCUGGAUCAGAGAUUCCAGCUGGACCAUUCCAGUUCAGACAGCUUUAUUCAGAUGAAACUUGUGUUGCGGGCACUGAAUGUUGAAGAACCUGAUCCAGAAAGAGUCAAGGCUGGUGUCAAUGCCUCAAAGCAAGGUCCCGUGCGUGUUAUGGAAAAGGGUGGAAACCAGCAGAAGUCUGUCUCCCCACCAGAAGUCUCAAAAGUACCUCCUGUCAGCAAAGACUCUGCAGCACUUGAAUCCCUGCCAAAAAGGGACAGUGGAGAAGACCUGGCCACUAAAGACUGUUCAGCAGCCCCUGUACCAAGUGAAACAGUUGCAGUCCCUGAUGGGGCAGAGCACAAGCAGAACCCAGAGCAUCGCCCGCCGUCAGCGCUGCACAGCGGAGCGGCGGCAGUGCCCGCGCUGCCAGUCGUGCAGGAGCUGAGGCUUGCACCCAGUGUCACUUCUCUGGGUUCUCUGCCUUCCUCUUGCUUUGAAUUAAGUAGCAGCAAUCUGGACAUUCAUAAUGGUACCGAAAUGCCUCUGGGGGAGAUCCAGCUGACAGUCCGUUAUGCUUCCAUACGGCAGAGCCUCGUCGUGCUGGUGAACGGCUGCAGAAACUUAGUACCCUCUUCCAGUCGUGGAGUAGAUCCAUAUGUUCGUAUAUACCUGCUUCCAGAUAGAAGGUGGACAAGCAGGAAGAAGACUUCUGUUAAGAAGAAAACAUUGAACCCUCAAUACGAUGAGAAGUUUGAAUUUUUUGAAUCUUUGGAAAAUGUCAAGAAAAGGACACUGGACAUUGCAGUGAAAAACAGCAGGCCGUUCAUUUCACAGGAAAGGAAGGAGCUGGGGAAAGUGCGGAUCGACCUGUCCCAGGAGGACUUAAUAAAAGGUUUUGCACAAUGGUAUGAGUUGACAAGGAGUAGACGCAGGAGAAUUUGAUUUCUUCUCAUGUACAUAAGUCACUAAUUUUUUGACUUUAUAUAAAUGUACAUAUCUCUUGUAAUUAAUGUGUUUUGCACACUCAUUGCAAAUUUGAAGCAGUCUCUAGCUCAGGACAUGUAAAUUUAAUGAUCCCAUUUGGAGAUUAGUUCUCACUGAAGUUAAAAAAUAAACAUAUUUUCCCCCCCCCAUAGGGAAUAAUUUGUCCUUAGAGAAUAAAUCUUUUAUUUUUGCCAUUUCUGGCAAAUCAUCCCCCAAAGGACCUACCUGUAAGUUUGAAUCCUCUCUUAAGGAAGUGUUGUACCUGGGGAUAUUUUAGAUUGUCAGCCAAGUGUCAUUAUCUUGCUUGGCAGUCUCAUGUCCCCAGGAUCUUGUUCAUGUUGUUUUAACAUGAAAGUGUUGUACUUUUCUGAAGCAGCAUUCUUCAGCUGUAGGGCUACAGAACCCAUUAAACUUUAAUAGCAAUUAUUUUUUGAGAAACUAAGAAAUUGGUAUUCCACUGUUCAGAAGUACCUUUGCAGACUGUGGCUGCAGGUAUGUAAAUAAUGAGCUUCCAAAAGCAGGGAGCUUAGUUUACCAAGAUGUCAUUAAGGUUUUAGUUUGUGACACCUUAAUAGGGUUUGUCCUUUGUUACAGUACAUUUCAAAAUCUUGUAAACCCAGAUUAUGCCUGAGGAACAGCAGAGUUUUGUAAACUAAGCUUUAAUAUUGAGGCAAAAUAUUUUUGGAAGCUUGGUGUACUUGUUUCUGUACAAUAAACUUCUGUCUUGCAUAAGAAA